GAUGUUUAACAAAUUCCAUCUGGAAUACCCGAAAAAUCAAGGGAUGGAGGGAGUAUUUUUUUAAGUAAUAUGGAGUAAUUGCUAAAGUGUUUGGAGAUGAAUAGUGGAAAACAACGGUAACCACUAACCAGAAAGCAGUAAGCAGUAACACCCCACUUCUCUCCUCCACCAUCGUCGCAAUUCACUAUGCAAUUCCUCGCUAACUCUCCAUCCCUAAUUCUCCUACCAUCUUCCAACCCCAAAAUUUCUACGAAUUCUUACUUAUUUUCUCAAAUCAAAACAAGAAGUCAUAAUUUUCCUUGUUUUUCUACUAAAAUUACCGAUACCCAGUUCAAUUUUAGUUCACGGGAUCCUCGAAGUUCUUUUAAAAUUUGUAAUUAUAGCUAUAAAAGUAUAAAUUUAGGGUUCUAUGGCACAGAAAAUCACACACCAAGUGAAAAAUUUAGGGUUUAUUGUGUUAACUCUGGGAAAAUGGGAUUUGGGUUUAAUGGGAUGGAAAGAAAAAAGAUGGGAAUUGAAGGUAGGUUAAGAGCAGUGAUGAAUGUUGAUGAAACUGUGGAGAGAGAAACUGGUGAAGGUGUAGAAAAAGAGAAUUAUGAUGCAAUUGUGAUUGGGUCUGGUAUUGGUGGGUUAGUUGCAGCAACACAGUUAGCUGUGAAGGGUGCCAAGGUUUUGGUUUUGGAGAAGUAUGUGAUCCCUGGUGGUAGCUCUGGGUUUUAUGAGAAAGCUGGGUAUACUUUCGAUGUCGGUUCGUCGGUAAUGUUCGGGUUUAGUGACAAGGGUAAUCUGAAUUUAAUCACCCAAGCAUUAGCUGCAGUAGGAUGUAAGAUGGAAGUCAUACCAGACCCAACUACUGUUCAUUUUCACCUCCCAAAUAACCUUUCUGUUCGAGUGCACAGAGAGUACAGUGACUUUAUUGCUGAACUAACUACCAGAUUUCCCCAUGAGAAGGACGGAAUUUUAAAAUUUUAUGGAAAGUGCUGGAAGAUCUUUAAUGCCCUGAACUCAUUGGAGCUGAAGUCACUUGAGGAACCAAUCUACCUUUUUGGGCAGUUUUUUCAGAAGCCCCUUGAAUGCUUAACCCUUGCCUAUUAUUUGCCUCAAAAUGCUGGAGCAAUUGCCCGUAAAUACAUCAAAGAUCCUCAACUGCUGUCUUUCAUAGAUGCUGAGUGUUUUAUCGUCAGCACUGUUAAUGCUAUGCAAACUCCUAUGAUAAAUGCAAGUAUGGUUUUAUGUGAUAGGCAUUUUGGAGGGAUCAACUAUCCUGUUGGCGGCGUUGGUAAAAUUGCCAAAUCCCUGGCACAAGGUCUCGUUGAUCAAGGGAGCAACAUUCUUUACAAAGCAAAUGUUAAAAACAUCAUUCUGGAGCAUGGAAAGGCUGUUGGAGUGAGACUGUCUGAUGGAAGUGAAUAUAAUGCCAGGACCAUCAUAUCAAAUGCUACUAGAUGGGAUACCUUUGGCAAACUUCUAAAAGCCGAAAAUCUGCCAAAAGAAGAGGAAGAUUUUCAGAAAUUAUAUGUUAAAGCUCCAUCCUUUCUUUCAAUACACAUGGGAGUCAAGGCUGAAGUAUUACCUCCAGAUACAGAUUGCCACCACUUUGUUCUUGAGAGUGAUUGGAAAAAUUUAGAGGAGCCUUAUGGCAGUAUAUUCUUGAGCAUUCCCACCAUUCUCGAUUCUUCAUUAGCCCCUAGUGGACAUCACAUUCUCCAUAUAUUUACAACUUCCUCCAUUGACGACUGGCAGGGACUAUCUCCAUCAGACUACAACAAAAAGAAGGAGCUCAUUGCUGAUGAAAUCAUAAGCAGAUUAGAAAAGAAACUUUUUCCAGGGCUUAAAUCAUCAAUACUGUUUAAAGAGGUUGGCUCUCCAAAAACACACAGGCGGUUUUUGGCUCGUGAUAGUGGCACAUACGGACCUAUGCCACGCUCAGUUCCUAAAGGCUUAUUGGGAAUGCCAUUCAAUACGACGGCUAUAGAUGGCCUUUACUGUGUUGGUGAUAGCUGUUUCCCUGGGCAAGGGGUCAUAGCUGUGGCCUUUUCAGGAAUAAUGUGUGCUCAUAGAGUGGCUGCUGAUAUCGGGAUUGAAAAAUCCUCCCCUGCAUUGGAUGCUGCUCUCCUUAGCUUGCUUCGCUGGUUUAGAACAUUGGCCUGAAUACUCGUAAAACUGAAGCAUGGCUACUGGGUGCAUUGCAUGAGCUGCAUACUGAUUCUUUGUUCAAGUGAAGGUGAAGAAAGUUUUGAGGUGCUUCUUGCAAAGAAUAUGGUUUUUGGACCAGAAGAAAGAACAUCGCAGGGCUCUGAAACGAUUCAUUUCACAUCGAAAAGCAGAGGCCCAGCUGCAGAGGUGAAAUCAUGCGUACAAUUAUUUUGUUUGUUAAUAAGUCAUCAAACAAACUUUUUUUCUCUUUUUUUUUUUUGGUUUGUUGAUAUAGUUGCUUGUCGAUGACUACACGGAAUAAUCACUUUUGGUUCAUGUAGCCGACCCUACUUAUGAAAUUAAGGCUUUGAUUGAUUGAUUUAAUAUAGUUGCUUAUACUUGAUUUUUGU